GAGCGCGGGAAGCCGCCGCCGCCAUCUUGUGGCGGGGGCGACGCGGCCGGGCUGGGCCGCUCCGCUCGGCCCGGCUCGUCUCGGCCCCGGGGUCCGAGGGGAAAUGGCGCCUCUGGGGUGAGGGGCAGCCCCGCGUCCCGUCACAGCUCGACCCCCGGCCAGGACGAGCCCCCCUCGGGCGGCUCCUCUCCUCCCGUCCGGGCGCUGAGGGAGACCCCUCGGCUUAAAGCUCCCGGUUGGGUGGGGAAAGUGCGUUUUAAAGCACUGUAAAGGAGAAAGUCUGCUGUAAAGCUCAGCUGAGGAGGUGUGCGGAAGUGCCCAGAGACAGCGUGCCCUGCUCCGAUUUCCAGGCCUGUGAGCACAUGGAUUGCUUUGAGAACGGCAAGUUCGGGACUCAGCCGGGCUCCCAGCAGCACAGGGACAGUGAUACAAGAGACAUUCCAGAUGAUUGCAGAAACAGGGGAAAUAGUAGAAAUCUUAAUACCGGCAGUGGCUGUCAGGUGGAUGAGGCUGACAGACCUGUCAAGCGCCUCCGAAGGAAGAGAAGACUGCUGCUGGAGUCUGAGGAUGAUGAGGAAAACGCAGAUGAGGAUGAGGAGAAGAAUAAAUCAAAUAAUAUGAAAAGCCGCAGAAACACUAAACCAAUAAAACAAGUUGUUCCUGGAAAGAAGAAGGUAUGGAACUGGGCUUCCUACUUAGAAGAGGAACGGAUGCCAGCUGCUCCCCUCAAACUGUUCAGAGAGUAUCAGUCAUUCCCACAAGGCCGAAAUGGAUUUAAAGUUGGGAUGAAAUUGGAAGGGCUGGAUCCUGAGCACCCGUCUCGGUUUUGCGUUCUCACAGUGGCUGAGGUCCAGGGGUACAGACUGCGAUUGCACUUUGACGGGUAUCCGGAGUGCUACGACUUCUGGGUUAACGCUGACUCCUCAGACAUCCAUCCUGUCGGCUGGUGUGAAAAAACAGGGCAUAAGCUGCUCCCUCCUAAAGGUUUCAAGGAAGGAGAAUUUAAUUGGACUUCCUAUUUGAAGAACUGCAAAGCUCAAGCAGCUCCAAAAAGCCUUUUUAAGACCCUCAGCACUCCUGUCACACCCUCUGGUUUUCGCCUGGGAAUGAAGCUGGAGGCCGUGGACAGGAAGAACCCAUCGCUGUUGUGCGUUGCAACCGUCACAGACAUGGUGGAUAACCGCCUGCUGAUUCAUUUCGAUAACUGGGAUGAGAGUUACGACUACUGGUGUGAAGCGAGCAGCCCGUAUAUUCGUCCUGUUGGCUACUGCCAAGAAACCGGAACCCCACUGACAACACCACCUGGAUACAAGGAUUCCAAAGCCUUCUCUUGGGAGAAAUACUUGGAAGAAACUAAUUCCCAGGCGGCCCCAGCAAGAGCAUUCAAACUGCGUCCUGCCCACGGCUUCCAAGUUAAUAUGAAGUUAGAGGCGGUGGACAGAAGAAAUCCCAUCUUGAUAAGAGUGGCAACAAUAGUUGACAAAGACGACCAUCGUAUUAAGAUUCAUUUUGAUGGUUGGGAUCAUAAUUACGAUUUCUGGGUCGAUGCAGACAGCCCCGAUGUUCAUCCAGUAGGCUGGUGUGCAAAAACUGGACACGCUUUGCAAGUCCCUCUAGGUGCUGCCGAUCGAGUGGGGACGGUGGGACAAGCGUGUCCUACUCCAGGCUGCCACGGUAUCGGUCACGUCAGGGGACCACGAUACGGAACUCAUUAUACGUUAGUUGGCUGCCCGUAUUCUGAUGUGAAUCUCAACAGAGAGAGCUCGCUGCAGGACCGUCUGAGCGGGGAGAGACCUUCCCCCAGCAGCCUGCAGAGAGCCAAGAGGCCGGAGCCUCCUGCCCCGUUCCUGCCGGCAGCGGGGGCGUCUCCCCGGGAGGACUCUCCGCAGGCCGGAAAAUCCCCACAAGACAGUGAAAAGUCGUGUCCAAGCAGCGUUCACAGUCUGUCGGAGCAGCUGGAAAACAAUCAGGAGAGAGACUGGGGAGAAGAGGAUUCCUCUGCAGACAUCAAAGCCAAACCCAAAACGCUUGCCUGCUCACAUGCCUACAUAAAGUUCCAGCUGGUGAAACAGGAAGGCAAUGGGAAAGACGCGGAUUUGGAUCUCCAGCAGGCCCUCCACCAGUCCAUCUUCAUGCCUUCCCUGGCCUCUAACCCGACCCACCGGCUCCAUCUCUGCUGGGAGCAGCACUGCAAGCUCUUGCCGGAGGUCUCGGGGCUCACGGCCAAACAUGUGGCCAAGUGGAGCGUGGAAGAGGUGGUGAGCUUCAUCCAGCGGUUACCGGGCUGCAAAGAGCAAGCGUCUGUUUUCAGGGAAGAGCAGAUCGAUGGUGAGGCUUUCCUGCUCCUCAACCAGAGCGACAUCGUUAAAAUCCUCAGCAUCAAGCUGGGUCCUGCGCUGAAGAUCUACAACGCCAUUCUCAUGUUCAAGUCUGCAGAGGAGAACUGAGACGAGCCCUUCGGCAGAGCCCACGGGGAUCUUCAGCGGAUCCAGCUUCGGCUUUGCAGCGUGCCCAGCAGGCAGAUUGCAACGCUGAAGAACUUCUUAGACAUAUUUUGAGGACAUAAUAAUCCUGCCACAGUCUGGAAUACGGGGCAGCUUCACUUCCAAGAAGAGGAUAUUAUUAUAUUUUGUAAUUGCAUUUGGUUUUGAUAUAUCAAUCUCUUUUUGAGAUGUAGAAGAAACCUCCGGUUAUAAGGGGAAUCCAGGGUAGCACUGGUGGAGCUGCAACAGCGAGCAGAAAGCUCUGAGUAAAGUGGCCGCUGUGUCCAGUGAUAGUGCCUGAGAGAGAGACUGUGUUAUCACCAGCGUGUUUAAUAGUCUGUAUGUAUAAAAACUCGAAGAAAGUGGGAAAAGGAUGCACUUCAGAGCAACUCGCCUGUAUCCGUCGAUGCUGAGACCACAGAGCUGACCUUUUUGGGACUCAUGUUUGAAUUCCAGUGUCUCCUGGGUGUUCUCAUGCCCUUGGCCCCCGGGCUGCUCACACCCCAGCUGGAAGGUGCUGUGGGCAAAGGGUUUUCACCAGCCGUGGUUUGCAUCGUUUCUGGUAACAAGUAAAACGUUCUCAUUCAUGUCACCAGCGAGCAGGAAACAAGCCCUGUGUAGGUGGGCUUUGGGUGGGCAAGGGCCUCUCCAGAAAUGUCUCCCACAGGAGACAAAGAUCAGUGUUUCAGCUGUAAUUCUCUUGUUGGCUGUUUGGACCAGGAACAUCUUAUGGCAAAUUGGCACAAUCAGGAGCUCCUGGGAAUCUGAUGGGUUGGUUUUGGUCACCUCCACUGUCAGGUGAAUGCCAGGAAUAGGAGCUGGAAGCCCAGCAGCAGCCAGCGUGUGCGUGUGGAUGCAAACACAUUUCCUAGAAGCUAUUUGCUUUUAUUUUUGAGCUAUGGAAGCUCCUGACCACGUAGUGUUUUAGCCUUUUCAGCCCCCAGCUGGGCUCGGGCGUGUUCUGCAGUCGGUGUGCUGGAGCAGCAGGACGCGGCUCCUCUGCCGCUGUAGUGGCGAGGCAGGCAGAGCACACUGGGAAUUCUGGAGGGGAAGUGGGGUUUAAACAGCAAAACGAGGGAAAAUUCCUUCUCAAAAGAGAGAAUUGAUCUGUGUCAGGGAGGAAGCCGAGCCUGUGGCUGCAUUCUGUCUGUGCUCUCCUGGUGGAGCGGGGAACGAGUGUUUCUUGCUCCACUCAAACUCAGAGCAUCAUUAUAUGAAUGUGCCCACGGGACCAUGAUGUCCUGGGUGGGGGAUUUCCACGCCGGCCCUUCCCGAGCUGUUCUCUUCCCGUGGAAGCCCUGGAAGAAGCGCUGGGCCCUGCUGGGGCUCCUCUCCGUGUUCCAUCCGUGCCCGGCAGCGAGCUGGCUCCUCACUCUUCCUCUGGCUGCUCUCCCUGAUAGGUAUUUGCCUGUUCUGGAGUUUAGCUAGACCCACCUUAGCUAGGAGAGCCUUUUACCCCUCGUUCAGAGCUGCCAGGCUGAAUCCUAUGUGUGUGGAGCCUUCUGAGCGGAAGGCAGAAGGCAGCCGUGCCGUCAGCCUCUGCCCAGGCCUGCGUGGGUUUCUCAGGGCUCUGCAUCCACCCGUAGGCACCUCAGACUCCAUCCUGCAGCUGGCAUCUCUGUCACCAGUGUUGUGCUGUAGUCCCAGCCCCGCAGCUUCUCGAGCGCUGUUGGGAACAGAAGGAACGCGCUGUCCGUGGCCGCGUGGGCGGUGACAAAGGGAACGCGCUUGGUCUUCCUUCCCCAGUCACUCCGUGUCCCUUGUCCAACGCUCCGGCUGCCGAGAAGGUCUGUGUGACUUCCCUAAAGUCCCGAGUUCCUUAAAACUGUAAUAGAGACGAAUCCACGCCUCUGAAGCCUUUCAGUCCUGGAUUAAUAGAUAGAGCAAUUUGUCUCCAUACUCUAUAUUUUUGUAUAAGGUGUUAAGGAGUUAAAGCCUUCAACAGAGAAGACAUAGGGCUGGCGGGAUAUUUAACAGACAAAACAUUACAUAUCAGCCAGGCAACUUCAGGAGAGAAAUGCGAUGCAGUGUUAAGGAUUAGUUAUGAAUUUAAUUUAUUAAAAUAGAUUUUUGGUAUGAUAACCAGGAUAUUCACCAAAGAGUCACGUUCCCCUAUCCCACUCUGCGCAUCCAGCGUCAGUGCAAAGACCUGAACUGCAGGCGGCCCGUCCCGGGCCCGACACAACUCGCCUUCGGGGCGAAGCGAAUGGUUCCCUGACAGCUGGAGCGGAGCAGCCGUGCCUGGAUUGUGCUGUUCCGGCUCGCCACCCGCUUCCAAAAUAGCGCCGAGCCUCCUUUGCCCCAGCGUGACCCCAGCCAGGUGGGGCGAGUGCGCUUGUGCUCUGUUCUGGUUUCCAGCGAGCAGGUCCUGCCAGAUUUUCUGUUUUACCUCCUUCCUCUGGGAAGCCGAGCCGGAGGACAGCGGAUUGCCCGCAGCAAUAAAACAAAAUGUAAUAUUAUUUCAUCUCUUUUACUAUAUAUAGAUAGAGGAUGAAGAGAAUCGGUGAACCAAGCAAUGAGAUUCUAGUCGCUGAAAUUAUUCAAACAGAAAUCUUUAAUCCUAGAGGCUUCCAAGCCAGCUGGAUCAGGGAUGAAAAUGUGUACUUGGAGCUUGUUCAAUGACAGCAAGAGUAGCACUUCAGCAGGAGGAAGGAGGAACCUUUUAGGGAUAGAAGCAGGAGGAAUGUGCUUCUUGUGCCUUUUUCUUUUGGUAAUCCAAUAAUUGUCUUUGCAGAGCAAGCAAGAAUGUGCACACAUCUAUGACUGACUCCUUUUCCAAAUAUAGCUAUAUCCUAAUAAAAUCAAGCAGCUUCACAAUAAUGCAAGGGCAGAAAGAUUUCCAGUGUCUUCACUGGACGUGUUUAAAAUUCCCUGAUAUUUACGAGGCAAAAAUACAACCUAAACCAGGUCGUUUUGUAGCCCCGUACCUUAGGAAUCCAUUGGUUGCUGCUGCCGUUUUGCUUCUCAGUGGCUCGUUUUGCUGCCAGGCUGUGCCUGGCCGGGCCCGGCUCUGGCUGUUGGCAGCGCUGAGCCAGGCCUGUCCGGGCGCGCGGUCUGCACGUGCCUUUGCCUGCCUGGUGCCCUCUUGUCUGACUGGAAACGUGCACUCUGAAGCAGAAAGCCAGAAGUUGUAGCUCUGUGGUGCAAAAAGCUGAAACUGGUUAAUGCCACCUGGCUCAGGAGGUUUUGUUGUCGGUGAAGCAUCAGCAGAAACCAGCUGUGGGUCCAGCUGAGCCCAGAAGUCACGCAGAAAUAUGAAUGUAUUACUUGGAAGCAACCCAGAGCUGUGACAGCCUCCCGUGCACUUGGGAAGUCUCAGUUCUCAAUUAAAAUGGAUCUUAUUUCUGGAUACGGUUUUGUUCCCAUACCCCGGGUUUUGAAAUCCAAAACGAUCACAUUUUUCUCUCUUUUCCCCUCCUCGGUAGGGAGUCCUGUUAGGUUUUUUCUGUGCCAUGACCAGCGAUCAUCCUUGUGAAACAGCAGCAACGACCUCCUGCUCCGGGCAGUGAGUCGCAUGGAAGCGGGACAGGGGAGCGUCGGCAGCACCGGCAGCGAAGCUCUACAGCCAAAGAAAACCCGACGUUGAGCCCGGGGAUAAGCCAGUUCAGCUCUAGAAGAUUUCCUGCCUGCUACUUCCAUGCCCUGCUCGGGUUUAUACGACAGAAAGCUUUAGAGAUUUUGACAUCCUCUCCGUCACGUGACGAGCGAGCUUAUUUUGGAAAUUCCUGUUCCUUGAGCUGGAAACGCGUGCAGGGGAAGGGAGCGAGUUGUCUGGGCCCAGCCUCUGCAACGUUUGCCUCUUUUAAACCAAAUACUUGAGCUUUUUGACACUAGCCAUGUCAUUGCACUCCACUGACACUUCUUCUGGAAAUGUGAAUAAAAUUAAUAUAAGUUGGAA